AGUCUUCGAUAUAUCGUAGUAACCUUUACUAAAUGGUUUGCACCGCUCCGUCACCUGGUCAAUACUGCCACCUGGUGGUGCCGACCUGCAGAUAUCGUUUGUGUCACGUGUCCCAUUUCUUCUUUCCGGUCCAGACAAAUGUCGUUCUUGAAAGCUGCAAUAAUUAGCAUCCUUCAAAUUGACAAACUUUCUAAAGAUACGACACGUAUGUAGAGAUACGAUAAAAAAAGUGAAAUACGAUAAAAAAAAAGUGAAAAUCGUCACCAAGUGGAGAGCACGUGACAGGUUAUGACGUGGCUCGCUCCUCCUACGUGUUCUGUGUACGUUCGUGUGAGCGCCAGUGCGGGAAAAAGUGGACUACGAUGUGAGCUCGGGUAAAAGUAUUUUUAGCAAAUCGAACUUAUCCAGCCAGUCAGCUAUGGAUCCCUCGGAGGUAGAGUUCCUCGCCGAGAAAGAGACGGUGAAGAUAAUACCAAACUUCAGUUUGGAUAAGAUCUAUUUGAUCGGGGGUGACCUGGGUCCCUUCAACCCCGGACUGCCGGUCGAUGUUCCUGUGUGGCUGGCCCUCAACUUGAAACAGAGGCAGAAAUGUAGAAUAGUUCCUCCUGCGUGGAUGGAUGUUGAGAAGCUGGAGGAGAUGCGAGAGCUGGAAAGGAAAGAGAACGCCUUUACGCCUGCUCCCAGUCCUUACUACAUGGAGCUGACCAAGCUGCUGCUGAACUAUGCGUCAGACAACAUCCCUAAAGCAGAUGAGAUCCGCACGCUGGUCAAAGACCUCUGGGACACGCGGAUUGCCAAACUCCGCCUCUCCGCCGACAAAUUCAUCAGCCAGCUGGAGGCUCACGCGAAGCUGGACAACCUGACUCUGAUGGAGAUCAACACCAUACGAGCGUUUCUUCUCGACUCUCUGAACUGCAUGUACAAACUACGCUCCAAUCUGCUGCCUGGCUCAAGUAAAGGACAGUUCACGGACUAUUGAUCCGCAGAAGGCAACCGGUUUGGAUUCUGGACUGAUCUGAUCAGCCUCGGACUGAAGUCUGUACUUUCUCGUUUUAAGUUUUAGUCACAAGAUGUAUGUUAAUAGUUGAUUGAGGCUUAAUGACUUUAGCGCAGCUUUUUUAAGGAGUUGUACAUAUUUCUUCCUGUGUAACUUGUGUUAAACAUUUAACGAUUUAAGAGUGCUCAAAAAAUAUUAAAACUGCCACAAUAUUUGUGUAUGUCUCUACAUGUCAAAUGAAUUGUAUUAUUUCUGGGCUACUUAUGUUUUUUUUAGGAAAUUGAUUGUGGGAUUUUUACUUUUUGGACAAUUGAGAGAACCAGUGGUUGGUCUACUUCCAAAAAAGUUAAUUUUCUGAUGUAAUAAAAGGCUGUCUAGUACAAUAAAAUUUGGCACACUGCUAUGAAA